AUGACCAUGAACAACAAAACACCUCCCGUAUCAAGUCGAAUACUCACAGAUGUCCCAUGUCGAGUCUGUCAAGAUCAUUCAUCAGGAAAACACUACGGAAUAUUCGCCUGUGACGGAUGUGCUGGCUUUUUUAAGAGAUCCAUACGACGAAACAGGCAAUAUGUGUGUAAAUCUAGAUCUCAAAAUAACUGCCCGGUUGACAAAACACACAGGAACCAGUGUAGGGCGUGCCGACUUAACAAGUGUAUCAAAGUAGGAAUGAACAAAGAUGCUGUUCAACACGAAAGAGGUCCUCGUAGUUCCACACUUCGACGCCAGGUGGCAAUGUAUCUGAGGGAAUCGUCUGAAAUAAGUUCCAUAAUGGCCAGCAAUUCUCUUCCACCUCCGUACUUCCCAGGUGGUUACUAUAUGAAGCCAGUUUGUGACAGCAUAGCUGUCCCGGUCAGCUCCCAUGAUCAUCCCGUAAUGUCUCCUCCUGGCCUGAUUCUACAACCAACCCCAAGGUACCCACAGGAACUGCUGCCGACUUAUAUUAACAAUCCCGAAACAAUAUGUGAGGUGGCUGCCCGGCUGUUGUUCAUGAGUAUAAAAUGGACCAAGAAUGUACCUGCCUUCAUAAGUCUCCCUCAACGGGACCAGACAAUCCUUCUGGAGGAAAGCUGGAAAGAAUUACUCGUCCUCAACAUUUGUCAGUUUCAACUCCCUGCAGAGGCUAUACUUGGUGCAGCAGGGAGGCAUCCAGAAGCUGCCGGGAGUUCGGAACAGGUCGCCUCCAUUAUGACAGAAAUUCGAUCCCUCCAGGAAACGAUGACCAAAUUUAAAUGUCUUAAUGUAGAUCCCACGGAAUACACUUGUCUUAAAGCCAUAGUUCUUUUCAAAACAGGAAUACACAGGUCUCCAAAUGACGUCAAGACUCUUCGAGAUUUCCACGCUGUUGCCACUCUACAAGACCAGGCUCAAUUAACUUUGAACAAGUACAUAGAAACUGCAUAUCCAUCACAGCCAUUUCGGUUUGGAAAGCUACUUUUACUACUUCCGUCUCUUAACGCCAUAUCCGGGAAAACAAUUGAGGACAUGUUUUUCAAGAAAACCAUAGGUCACAUCCCGAUUGAAAAACUUAUUAUUGACAUGUUCAAAUCAGGAGAAAUUUAG